AUGCGAAAACAGGCCCUACAGAUUCGCAGCUGCAACAGCAGCGACCGUUGUGAGACACAGAAAUGGCAUCGAGAGGCAGAACGGGCCAAGGUUGAACUAUCAUCUGCAGACAGAGAAGAAGCCACAAUCUCAUUGGGGGACGAGCCAAGGGGGUGCGAUGUCAACCUGACAAGGAAAGAGUUCAAUGGCCUGACUGAGCUUCUGGUACCUCGUUUGUGGGCGCCUCUAAAGGCAGUAGGCGAAACUGCCCACAUCGAAUGGUCAGGCAGGCCAGCUUGUGAAACACAUGAAACAGCAACGUCCGAUUCUGUGGAUGCCACCAAGUCUGCUGAUCCCUAUGCACCUCCUCCUCGCCGCGUAACUCAAGUUGUGUUGGCUGGGGGCUCUAGCCAGCUUCCUGUUGUAAAAGAGUUGAUGACAAAACUGACAGGAAUUCGAACGCUGAGGUGCCCCGUCCACCCGAAGCUGUGCGUGGCAACUGGGGCGGCCAUCUUCGCUGGCAUGAUGGAGGGCUCUGUUGGGCGGAUAGAGAUUAUGGAUGGCUCGUACGCUUGGGAAAUGCAUGGGAGGGCCACUGGGUUCCAACCUUCUCUAUGA